AUGUCGCUCUCGUCCGAAAAACGCAAUGAGUACACCGAGAUCAUUGAUUCGAUUCUCGCGAAGAGUGAUCUCAAUACCAUCUCCGAGAAGCGAAUUCGCAAGGGUCUUCAGGAUGUCAUCGGCUAUGAUCUUACUCCUCAGAAGGCUGCCGUGAAGGAGCUUAUUAUGGAACGGUUCGACAUCUUUGCGAGCAACAGUGGAGCUGGAGAUUCACCGGAAGAAACCCCCACGAGCAACGGUCAAACACAAGCAGACUCCGUCCCUGCAGUCCCGUCCCCUCCCCCAUCAUCGUCACCUGUGAAGCGUCAGGCAGACAGCGAGGAAGCAUCUGAACCCGCUGAUGCCUCUCCGCCACCCAAAAAGCGAAAGCCUGACGCCGAUGUCGAUGCCGAUGCCGCAUUUGCAGCCAAGUUGCAAGCCGAGGAGAAUAUGCGAGCCAGGACUACUCGAGGGGCCAGCACUCGUCGUGCAGCCCCCAAGAAGAAAACAAAGGCAAAAACUUCCAAGAAGGUAAAGGCGGAAGAUGACUCGGAUAUUGAAUCCGGGUCGACCAAAAAGAGGGAGGUCAAUCGGUCGGGGGCUUUUUUCAAGGAGCUUGUCCUGUCUGAGCCUUUGUCCGCGCUUAUGGGUGGAGUCCAAAAGCUUUCGCGUCCUCAGACUGUCAAGAGAGUUUGGCAAUAUAUUCACGAGAAUGAGCUCCAGGAUCCUAGCAAUCGGCGCCAAAUCGUGUGUGAUGAUGCGAUGCGGGCUAUCUUCAAGCAGGAUCGGAUCGAUAUGUUCGCCAUGACCCGAGCUCUGAGCCAGAACAUGUACAACCCAGACGAAUGA